AUGUGCCUGGAGCCCGACGAGGCCGCCCGGGCCUUCUUCCGCGAAACGGAGGAGCUGGUGACCAAGGCGCUGUCGGAGCACUCUCAGCGCGACUCCCGCAUCUUCGGCAAGCCCCUGAAGCCCGAAGAGGUGAAGGAGCGGAUGACCAGCGCGCUGAAGACCAGCACCCGCGGCACGGAGUUCCUCAAGUUGAAGCUCCACUACGACAAGAUACGCCUGUGGGGACCAGACGGCGAGGAGCUCCCUGUGCAGAAGUGGGACCUGCAAGGUUGCUUGUGUAAAGUCCACGUGGAGCUGCGCCAGGUCUGGCUGAUGAGCUCCCAGUGCGGCGUGCUGGCGGAGGUCACGGACGUGAUGCUGCAGCAGGCCGAGCCCCGCGGCGUCUGCAGGAAGGGCGACCGCUGCGAGGCCUUCGACGGCCGAGGGCACCCUGCGAGCGCGCAGCGGGGCUCCCGCAAGGGCUACGAGGGCAGCUUCUUCAGGGACGAUCUGUACUCCACUCCUCCCCCCCUCUGCGACGAGAUUGCCGGGAGCGUGCGUCUCUUCAAGACGCCCGACUACACCGUCAAGCAGCCGCCCGAUCCGGUGGUCUGCAAACCUCCCGCCAACGGGAUCCUCUGCGCGCCCUCGGCCAGCGGGAAGACCGUUCUCCUCGUGUCGAUGAUUUUGGAGCAGUACCGGGGCUGCUUUGAGCGCAUCUACAUCUUCUCGCCCUCGGUGGAGGUCGACUCCGCCUGGCAGCCCGUCAAGGACUACAUCACAGACGAGCUGGGCGUGAACACGGACCGCGAGCAGUGCUGGUGGGAGGACUGGGACGAGGGGGCGCUCCGGAAGAUCAUCGCGGACCAGAAGCGCAUCACGCAGAAGUCCAAGGAGCUGGGCCUCAAAAAACUAUAUCAGGUAUUGAUAGUUUUGGACGACCAUGCCGAUAACCCCGCGGUCCACCGCAAGACGGGAGACGGCGUGCUGGACACGCUCUUCAUCCGCGGCCGGCACUUCUGCAUCAACACCUGGGUGAGCACCCAGAAGCUGCGUCUCAUGAGCUCCGCCGUGCGGGUCAACGUCAUGUUCUACUGCGUGUUUCGCUUGCGGAACCAGCUGGAGCUGGACGCCCUGGUGGAGGAGCUGAGCGCCAUGCUCCCCAAAGAGACCCUCUACGCCAUGUACGAGGAGGCCACGCGGGAGCCCUAUUCGUUUUGGAUGGUGAACCUCCGCGCGCCCAAGGAAGACAUGUUUUGGGUGCGCUUCGACCGGAAGUUCCUCGUAAACGGCGAUGGGCAGCCUGCUGAGCCAGAUGGCGGCCAAGAGUCGGCCGCCAGCGAGUUCCCGGCGCGGCGCACGGGGAUUUUCCGCCGUAAGAGAAAGCUCAUGACCUCCAUCUACGUGGACUCGCGCAAGCUGGCCGUCUACAAGGUGCGCAUCGCCGACGCCUUCCUGAGCACGGACCGCGGGACGUUUUUGUACUGGGAGGACGAGGUCGCCGGCACCCUGCACUACGCGGAGCUCCCCGUGGGCGCGCACACGGGCCCUCGGCUGGCCGCCUGGAUCAGCAGCAACUUCGCCGCGGCCACGUACACCGCGGAGACCAACGAGCUGGACGUCACCUACGACGGCGUGCACCUGAUCCUCAACGACGCCGAGCUCCGGCAGCGCUUCCCGGGCACGGGCUCCUACCCGCCGGGCGCCUCGCCCAGCAAGCCCCAGUCCAUCAACCACCUCCUGGGCCCCAGCUACCUCACGGGCUCCGUGCAGCGCUUCAUCUUCGUCCAGAUGAACGUGUACUCAGAGCUGUACUUGCGCUGCCCCUCACUGGCCAACGGCGAGACCACGGUGGGCCCGCUGGGCCACGACAUCCUCUGCAAGAUCAUCGUCUCCAAGAGCGUGGGCCACAUCAUGGAGACCGAGACCUCGGAGGGCCACUGGGUUCAGCUCCACGGGCCCAUCACGCUGCGCCACCUGCGCUUCAAGCUCACCGACUACCAAGGCAACGUGGUGAACACCAGGGGCACCAGCGUUUCCUUCGUGGUGUUCCUCGAAGAUGCACCCGCUCCUGUGGCCGCCGAGCCACCCGUGGCCGAGCCUCCCGUGGCCGAGCCUGCCGCGCCCGAGCAACCCGAGCCAGCACAGCCCUCGGAGCCGUCGGUGGUUCCCGCUCCCGAGCCGCCGCAGCCGAAGCGAAGAGGCAGGCCGCCGGGCUCCAAGAACAAGCCCAAGCCCGCCCCGCCCACCGUGGCGGUACAACCGGUGCUGGCCGAGCCUCCGAAGGCUCCUCCCACGACUGCACCCGCCCCCGAGACCCCCGCGCCCCCUGCCGCGCAGCCCCCGGAGCCUGAGCGGCCCGUCCGCAUGACGCCCUCGGAGGCCCGCCACGCCCGGCACCUCUCCCGCGCAGACCGCUUCCACGCGGCCAUGUUGAGGGCCUUCCACAAACAGUACCCAAGCUACAACCUGACGCCGCUGCUCUACAAGAGGCAGCAGCAGCUCAUCGACGCGCGGGCCUUCAACGAGUGGCUGGCCAACCGGCGGCAGCGCCAGGAGGGCGAGAGCUACGCGGACGAGGUCGGGCGCAUGACCGACGCCGUGAACCGCAGGAUCCCCCAGCUGAGGUGGGCCCCCGCCGAGCGGGCGGGCGUGCGCCGCAUGGCGCGGGACGUGGCCGCCGGCCGGAACACGGCGGACUCACAGGGGUCUGUAAAAAUGUACGAGAGCUUGGUGGAGCAGGCGACGGAGAGCGACUGGACGGAGGAGGAGAAGCGCGACUGGUACAGGGAGCGCCCGGACGACGCAGAGUACUACCAAGUCCAGCGCGACCUCUUGCGGGACGGGCUGACCCGCAAGGCGCAGCUGACGCAGCUCGCGCCCCACCGGGAGGGCGGCCCGAUGCUCUGGGCCAUCGGCCUGGAGGGCCCGUCGCCCCUGAAGCGCCCCGAGGCGGAGCAGUACCACCCGCUGCACGUGAGCCUGGCCUUCGACGACGAGCUCUCGGAGGAGCAGAAGGAGGACCUCCUCUGCGAGUGGGGCGAGGAGCGCGAGGUCACGCUGCGGUUCCACCGCUUCACCUCCGGCGGCACGGGCGAGCUCUCCCUCAACUGGGAUCCCAUCGCCAACUCGGAGAGCGUGCAGAAGGCGCACGAGCUGGGCUUCUUGCGGGACCGCGCGCUGCACGUCAGUCCUGGGCUUCAUCGCCGAGGGCGAGCCCCUGCCGAUCAACCUCCCGAACCGCAACGCCAGCAUCUACACCUCCAGUCACUUCUGGCUGGACGACUACCCCCGAGCUCGGAGCCCGAGCCAGCGCCGUUGCCGCACACGACCGUGGACCCCGCGGCGGCCUACGAGGACGCCAACGAGGGCUACGAUGGCGUGCCCUUCCCGAGAAGGGACUUCCUGCGCCCACGGCCCUUCGACCUGGACAGCGAGUCUGAUUUUGGGGCUGUGGAUCCCGGGCAGGCGCUGAGAAACGACGGGUUUCAGCCGCCGCCGGCGCCGGGCUUCCUGGGGCGCCUGCAGCAGGCCGAGGCCGCGGCGGGAGCGGCGGCGGGGCUGGCGGGCUCCGCCUCCGCCAUCACGGAGCACGGGCAGGACCUCUACAACGCCGCGCGCAGGGGUCGCAACUGGAUCGACCGGAACUUGCGCAUCCCGCGCACGCCCGAGGGCCUCGCGCCCCCGCCCGACGAGGUGGCCCCUCCGCAGAUCAUCGGGAGGCCCAGCGAGGUGGAGCCGCUCCUGGAGCGGGCGGGGCAGCGAGCCCAGGAGGUGGAGCGGGCCGCGGCGCGCGACAUCGAGCAGUUCAUGAGCCAGCAGAUGGCUGAAGCAGAGGCAACCGAGGGCUUCGCUUCCGCGGCGGAGGCGGCCGCGGGGGCAGCGGAGGCGGCCACGGCCGCGGAGGCGGGAGGAGGCACGCUCGCGGCCAUCGGCUCCGGGCUGGCCGCCGCCGGAGAGGCUGCGCUGCCCGUAGCCGCCACGGUGGGAGCGGCGGCGGGAGGCCUGGCAGUGGCGGGCGCGGGCGCAGCUCUCGUGGGCACCGCGUGGGCGCUGCACGGGGGCAUGGUGGCGGCAGAGCACCUGAUGGGCUGGGGGGGAGGAGGCGGAGGCUGCCUCCCGCUCCAGCUCCGCGCCCGACAUCCAGACCCUCAACGGCAUGCAGGAGUUUGGGGCGGAGCAGCACUUCCAGGUCCGGGAACAACGCCCGAGGCCCCGGUCUACCGCAUGGACACCGAGAGCGAGGCCGAGCCGCGGGCGCAGCCGCCCCCGAGGGUGCAGGCCCGCCCCGCGAGGCCCACGCGCUUCCCCACGGGCCUCAACCCCGCUCCCCUGGCGCAGUCCUCGGGCAGCGAGUCCUCCCGCGCGCCGCGGAUGCAGCGUCAGGCCUCAGACAGGUCCCGCGCGGCACCACCGCCUUCCUUCGAGGUGACUGCUGCCGUGAACGACGAGCUGGUCCAGAGCCUCGACUACAAGCUCCAGUCGAGCAACGUCAAUUACGUGCAGAGCCGCAAGGAUGUGCAGUACUACCCGAGCUCCCUGAGCGUCUUCACGCCGACCACGAGCCGCGUGUGCCGCAUACCGCUGACCAGCGGCAUGGACUUCGUGGACGGGGAGUCUGUCAAGCUCGGCUUCACGGUGCGCAACAACUCCACCACGGCCACGCUGCAGCUCGGCUCGCCGGACCCCAGCUGCCUCAUCGACCGCGUCGAGGUCUUCGCCAACGGCACCCGCAUCGAGGACUACACCAUCGAGAACGUGAAGCUCUACGCCUCCCAGGCGGAGGUCACCGCCCUCCUGGCGCCCCUGGCCAGCGAGUCCUGGGUGCUGGCCACCCUGGGCGGCUACUACACGAGCGCCGAGACCAACGGGGCCAUCACGGCCGCCCUGGCCGCCUACUACGACUCGGCCCAGACGGACGCCGCCAUCGCGGCGGCGCUCGUGCCCUACUCAACCACCGUGCAGAUGGACGCCGCCGUCGCGGCCGCGCUGGUGCCCUACAGCACCACGGCGCAGAUGGACGCCGCCAUCGCGGCCGCCGUGGGGGCCAUCGACCUCUCCGCCUACAGCACCAUCGCCGCCCGGGACGCCGCCAUCGCCGCCGCGCUGGUGCCGUACAGCACCACCGUGCAGAUGGACGCCGCCAUCGCCGCGGCCGUGGGGGCCAUCGACCUCUCGGCGUACAGCACCGUGGCUGCCCGGGACGCCGCCAUCGCGGCCGCCCUGGUGCCCUACAGCACCACCGUGCAGAUGGACGCCGCCAUCGCGACGGCCCUGGGCGACUACGUGCCCUGGAUGGGGCUCCAGGCCCCCAUCGUCAACGAGAUCAACAUCGCCCUGACGGACUACUGGGACCAGACGGCGGAGAGCGACUCCCGCUACGCCACGCCGGCCGACCUGGACGUCAUCAGCUGCACCAGCCUCACCGCCAGCAGCUUCGUGAACACGCUCAACUUCGCCGCCACGGGCAACGUCUCGGGCGUGGACGCGCUCUUCACGGUGGACGUGCAGACGCCGCUGCUGCGGGCCGUGAGCGGGGACGGCUACCUGCGCUUCGGGGGCGGGCUGGUGGGCCUCCAGUUCCUGGACAGCGGCGCGGCCGUCGUCGACGAGAUGACCUCCUCCCAGAUCGCUCUGGAGCAGGACGUGAACGUGGCCCAGAGCAGGACGCUCGCCUGCGCCAGCAUCGCGACCACGGGCGGCGUGGCCAACCUGGCCAUCCAGGGCGGCACGCAGGGCAUCGUCUGCACCUCCAAGGGCCUCAACGUCACGGAGAACUUCCCGCUCUCCGCCAACCCGACGGACGGCAACGUGGCGGUCCGCGUGGAGAACACGGAGAUCUGGCUGCAGAACCGCACGAGCGGCUCCGCGCCCCUGGUGGUGGAGACGGACUCGGACGUCACGGUCAACUACGGCUUCAACAACCUCAGCGACGAAAAGGUGAAGACGAACAUCGCGGACGCGGACCUGGAGGCGCUGCAGGCCAUCUUCGACGGCGCCCACCCGAAGACCUACGACCGCACAGACAUCGAGCACUACGGCCGCCUGGGCUUCCUGGCCCAGGACUUCCUCGGGGCGGGGGUGACGGGGAAGACCUACAGGGACGGGGAGGAGCUGCUGACGCUCGACUACAGCAGGCUCACGGCCGUGCUCUGGGGCGUCGUGAAGAAGCUCCAGGCCGCCGCGGCGAGGAGGCUGCCCCUGGCCGUGCGGCAGCUGCGCGACUUCAACGCCCCGCCGCCCGCCAGGGUCAAGGAGGUGCUGCCGCACACGGCCACGUGCUUCGAGAGGGGGGUCAAGGAGGUGCUGCCGCACACGGCCACGUGCUUCGAGAGGGGGGGCGCGUGGGAGCCCGCGGUGGUGGAGCCCGCACCGAUGGACGUCGAGCCCACGGCGGUGGAGACCGUGGAGCCCGUGCAGGCGGCGGAGGAGCCCGCGAAGCCGGCAGCACAGCCUUCGGAGCCGUUGGUGGUGGAGCCCGAAGCCGUGGAAGAGUUCGGGGAGAAGCCGGCGGAGCCGUUGGUGGUGGAGCCCGAAGCCGUGGAGGAGCCCGGGGAGAAGCCGGCGGAGCCGGCAAAGCCGUUGGUGGCGGAGGAGCCCGCGAAGCCGGCAAAGCCGGUGGAGACCCAGGAGGUCUCGCAGCAGGAGGUGGAGGCGAUCCGCAAUGAGAUCGCAAAGCAACAGGCGGAGCGGGCGGCGCAGGAAGAGCACGCGGAGGCGGAGCGGAAGCGCGAGCUGCAGGAGCGGCUUUACCUGGAGCAGGCCCAGGGACUGCGGCGCAUCCAAGGCUUCCUGGCCAGGCCCUUGAACAACGACUGGAUCGAGUUGGCGCUCGAGAACUACGAGGACGCCAAGUUCCGCGUGGAGGGCGGCUUCACCUUCGGCACGGUCGCCAAGUGCCGACUGAUCACGGACGACGACGUCCGCGAGGUGAAGGCGCUGCCGGAGGUCAGGCCCGAGACCACGAAGGUGCACCUGCAGCUCGUAAACUCGGGGCCGACGGUGUACAGCUGGGCCCCCACGGCGCUGCCGAGCAGGCCAGCUCGCAGGAUGCCCGAGGCCGCGAAGCCGGUGGUAGUGGAGGAGCUUCCGGCGGAGCCUGCAGUGGAGCCCGCUGUGGCAGAGCCUACGGCGGAGGAGCCAGUGGAGGAGCCGGCGGAGGAGCCUGCGGCGGAGCCUGCGACGGAGGAGUCUGCGACGGCAUCCACGGCGGCCUCCACAGCGGAGGAGGAGGAGGGCGAGGUGGUGGCGGGCCUGCAGGUGCGUCGCGUGACGCACAAGAACGUGCAGUGGCUGGAGCUGGCGGCCAGGACGCUGGAGCAGUACAGGGCAGACCUGGAGAUCCUCACGGCCAGGACGGCCGACGGAACCGUGGAGGCCUGCCGGCUGCGCUGGGGCACGAACACGUGGGCCAACGAGCUCUACGCCAUCAACUCCAGCACCGGCAAGCUCGUAGCGCCCAAAUCCAAGAAAUCCGUCGAGGCGGACCAGGCCAGGGUGCAGUUCCGCCUGAAGUGA